GACAAGGCAGUGGCAUUUUUUGUGCGCGGCAAAAAUAUUGCGUGUAUUUCUGUUGUAAUAAUUAAUUUUUCCCGUAUUGCUGCACCGGCAUCAUGCCGAAACCGGAAGAAACGAGCUCCAUCCGAAUAGUGAGCGUCGAUUUUUAUCUGGCCAAGCCAGAUCCGCAGUUCGACGUCUGCCGCUCGGAGUUCCGCGGGACAGAGAUCAAGCAAGUUCCCGUCGUCCGGCUUUUCGGAUCCAGCUCGGCCGGAGUUCACAGCUGCGUCCACAUCCACGGAGUGUUUCCGUAUUUCUACGUCCCCUACGAGGGAUCCGUGUCCGAUCGGUUGGUGGUAGGCCAGCGCAUCUACCAACUGGCCACCGCACUCGACAAAGCCCUUAACGUUUCGCUGGCCCAGGCCAACUCGCGGACUACGCACGUUUUCAACAUCUCGCUCGUAAAAGGAAUUCCGAUCUACGGGUACCACAAGCAGGAGCACCACUUUCUGAAGAUUUAUCUGUUCAAUCCGCUGCUGGUACGGAAGGCAACGCAGCUGUUGAUGAACGGAGCCAUCCUCUCAACCACUUACCAAGUUCUCGAGACGCACGUGCCCUACAUCUUGCAGUUCUUCAUCGACUACAAUCUGUAUGGUAUGAGCUUCUUGAAUCUGGAAUCGAAAGGACUUCGCCAGCGAAAAGACGACUCCGAGCCACCGAAAAUGUCAACAUCGGAGUACGAGAUCGAUGCGCUAGCCACGGCUAUCUUAAACCGUGCACCGCAACGCAGGGACACGAGCGAAUUCGCAAAUCCGGGAAUCGCUUCCAUAUGGGCCGAUGAGCAGGCAAGACGCCGACUGUACGGAAUGGAGCAACCGGAACGACUCAAUCUUUCACAAGACAGUGGUCCAACGGCGGAAGUUGUCACGGAAAGCGAUCGUUUCUAUCGAGCUCUGCUCGUCUCGAAAUUGAUGAAACAGCAAGCGGCACCGGCGGAGGGUGAAUCUCGGAAAAAGGUCCCAUGCUCGGGCUACCCUUCGGAGGUAGCGGAGGGUGAAGAUCUGAUGGACGCAUCGUUCAUCGCGAACCAUACUAGAAGCAACCAUAGCAGCCAGAGCCUUUAUUCUUCCCAGAUGAGCUACCACUUUGAUACUUCCAGCUGCGAGGUGGAUGAAGAGAAGAUCCUAUCGAUGUCGCAGCAUCUGGAUAUAACGUUGGACGAUGAAGAUAUGCGAGUGUUGGAAAUGAUGCGGGCACUGGAAGAAAACGAGAAUCACAAUUUCGAAGGAGACUGUCUGCUGGCACCACUUUCGCAACGGAGCGGAGAAAUCAGUCGUAGCGCCAUGCCGACGAUGUUAAACCUCUCGCAAGCCAACAAACGAUUGAACGCUUCGUUAUGUGGAGACCUGGAAACUGUUUGUCUGUUGAAUGAAAAGACCGAACACUCGGAGCAUGAUGCCAGCUUCGAUUCAUCCGAUGAUGAAUUUCUACUCGACCUCACGCAGAAACAAAAUAUUGCGGAUAAUGAUGAUGCUGAUGAUGGCACGGCAGAGUACUUAAGCGACAGUGGAGAUUUGCUGCUGGUACAUGGAGGACUGAUUCCUCAACUGGAUGGUGGCGAUGAUACCUUUUCUCCUCGUACAUCCAAACGCGAGAGAAAGAGCAUCGGACCGGAUGCGGACGGUAAUUCGGUUGCCAAGCGAGUUCGUUCGCAUCUUAACGAAUCCGCCUCCAAACAGUCACCGCGCCGAGUUUCCUUCGCUAAUCCUAUUGCUUUCGACGGAGACGAAUUCAAGCGAGGUCUACUGCUCUCAGACUUCGAAGCCUCCUCACCAAACACACUGAAACAGUGUGUCAUUAGCCUCCCGAAACUAGACAUUUCAAGUGAAUAUCGUUUGCCGGCGGAGAACAGUUCCCCAGAUACGGAUGAAGAAUCCACCAAACCUAACAUCCCUUUGAAGGAAGUUUAUGUCCGUUUGGAUAAACUACCAUACGAUUACCAGCUGCAAUCUCCGGCAUCAAGCAACCGAGGAAAGCGUCUGAACAAGUCCCUUCUGUCGUUGAAACCGAAACACGGACCGCCGAAGCCUAAGCGCCUGAAAUAUGAACCACAAGAAGUGGAGCUGGUUUUGUCUGAACAGUUCAAAAACAUCAUUCGACUGUCGCCGAAGGUGUUGAUAAAGCCACUUCUGAUGCCGCCGGGUUCAAAUUUUGUUUCAUUAGCCGGCGAAGGGUCGUCCAAAGAUAAUAGUGCGGAAUCGCUUGAUAAUUGCUCUGGAGACCGAGAUUCAAAAGACACAGUCGAGCCGGAGAAUGAAGUAAUGGAAGCCGAGAACUCUACGAAAUCGACAAACAAUAUGCCUGACAAUAAUACCCCAGAGCCAAUGGAAAAGGAUCCAGAACAAUCGACAGCAGCUAAUAAGUCUGAGGACGUGGUUGAGCGAGAUGGAACGGAUAUGGAAAAUGGGACGGCAGUAGAUAAACCAGUUGCAAUCGGGGGUCAAGUGGAUGGAGUAUUGGAAAC